UCCCGGCUGUUUUACCAGCGGAAGUGCCAACGGUCGACCCCGGCAACGGGCUCGCGCGCACAUUGCGUGAGACGUCGUCACGUCGUCAGUCCGCUCGGUGCAUACGGUGAGGUGGUACGUGCGUCUGCAAUCUGGCGUUUACUGACGUUCCUGCGGAUCGAGUUGCUGUCAAACACGCUGUGUCAAGGGGACGACGCCAGCGGACGCCAUGAUGGACGGAAUAUGUGACACUGCCGACAUCUUAAACAGCGUGCCUCCCAAGAAGACAAUCCACGCUGACACCAUAGAUCUCUUGGAUAAGUCUCUGCAGGUGGAUAUCUCAGAUGCCCUCAGCGAGAAGGAUAAGGUGAAGUUCACUGUACAUACGAAGACCACUCUGCCUGAAUUCCAGAAGCCCGACAAUCUAGUUGUAAGGCAACACGAGGAGUUUGUGUGGCUGCACGACCGAUUCGAGGAGAACGAGGAGUAUGCGGGCUAUAUCAUUCCGCCGUGCCCACCGAGGCCAGACUUCGAUGCGUCGCGCGAGAAGUUACAGAAGCUUGGCGAGGGUGAGGGGAACAUGACACGCGAGGAGUUCAAUAAGAUGAAGCAGGAAUUAGAAGCGGAAUAUCUAGCCACCUUCAAGAAAACUGUUGCCAUGCACGAGAUGUUCUUGACCAGGCUGGCGCAUCAUCCAGUUUUCCGGAACGACCACAAUCUGAGGGUCUUCUUGGAGUACGAUCAAGACCUCUGCGUGCGAGGAAAGAACAAAAUGGAGAUGUUUGGCGGAUUGGUGAAAUCAUUCUCGAAGACCACCGACGAGUACUAUCUGUCGGCCACGGUGAAAGACGUGAACGAUUUCUUCGAUCAAGAAAUGGCAUUCCUUCAAACUUACCAUCACAAUCUGAAGGAGGCGACGAGACUCGCCGACCGUCAGACAGCCAAGCACAAAGACGUGGCAGAUUCGUACAUCAAGAUCUCCACCAGUCUCCUGCAGCUGGCUACGACGGAUACCGGAAAACUCGAAAGAUUUCUCACCAAAAUCGCCGAGACAUUCGAGAAGUUACGGAAGGUUGAAGGACGAGUGGCAUCAGAUGAGGAUUUGAAAUUGUCGGAUACUCUCCGUUAUUACAUGCGGGACACGGCUGCCGCUAAAAGGCUUCUCUUCAGAAGACUGAAGGCUCUGCAUGAAUACGAAUCUGCGAAUCGCGCUCUCGAGAAAGCACGUGCCAAAAAUAAGGAUGUCCAUGCAGCACUGGAGGUUGCUGAGGCGGAACAAGCGCAGACCGAAGCGUGUGAGAAAUUUGAACAGAUGUCUGAUAAGGGGAAAGAAGAAUUAUUGGAUUUCAAGACUAGAAGAGUGGCUGCGUUUAAGAAGAAUCUCAUCGAGCUAACUGAGCUAGAGAUAAAACACGCAAAGUCGCACUCGGAAUUGCUCAAGAAAUGUUUGUCCGUACUUCGGGAAGAGUGAUCUAAUUUUCGUGUUGCCAUGGACAAACCUAGUUGCAUACGCACCGUAUGCAGAUAACAGUUUAUUUAAGAUAACAAUAAUGUAAUGUAAUACUAUAUAUUUUUUGUUAUCUAAAUUUAAUGUAAAAUACUAUAUAUAUUUUUUGUUAUCUAAAUUUUACUAGACCUAUCGUGCUUCGGAAGUAAAAAAGUAUUGUAAAACGAUGGCUGCAAAGUGACUCCGCGAGAUAUCGAACUCGUAUUUGCUUCUCUUCGCGCUGUAAAAAAAGCUAUGCAAAAGCAGUUUUUCAUUCUGCCGCGAUAGGCUUUAAAAAUAAUGAUACUUUUUGUAAUAAGUAAUUUCAGAUAACACGUUAGGAAAAUUAGAACGUUUAUAUAUUGUAAAAACAAGUGAAUUAAAUGUUACCGAGUCCCUUUGCAGCUUCGAGUUAUAAGCCUGUUAUACUUAUAAAAUAAGGUUCUCUAUAUUACAAACAAAUAUAUACAUAUAUGUGUGUGUGUGUGUGUGUGUGUGUGUGUGUAUGUGUAUAUAUACAUACAUAUAUAUACAUAUAUAUUUAGAGAGAGAUAUAUAUACAUAUAUGUAUAAAUAAGAAUAUAUCCAUAUGAACAUGUUAUUAUUACAUUAUUUAAGUUUAGAGCGAUUUUGUGAAGGAGGGAUUGCUAGUAUAGAAGCUCAGGAUGAUUAAAGUUAAUAUAAACAGAUUAGAUUUUCAUAUAAAUGAAUUUUCCAGAUUUUUAUGAUGGUACGAGAGCGUUAGGUCUCUGACAAAUAAUUGUUCGCAGUUGCGUUCAUCGUAAAGUUAGGGAGCAGGGCAACGCAGCCAGCUAUGAUUAAAGGGACCUUGAAACGAUUUACAAUAAAGUGCAAUUAUACUUUUCACUGUAGCAUUAUAAAACAAAGCGACGUUUUCUUGCUUUCCGUUUCUUUUCAUACACACAAUUAAUUUUCGUUUACCGUGAUUGCACCACACGAACACACUACGAAAACGAGCCUUAUGCUGGGAUCAAUGGAGGGCGCAACGGGGAUCUAGGGUGAAUAAUAAGCAUACGCACAUGAAUAUUCCUCGUAAGUUUUUAUUGAAUCGAAUCAUUUUCCUUUCUAUAAUACAUGAUUGCAGACAUAUACUGAGAAAUUCAUUAAGUUGCAAGUUUAUUCUUUAAUUCUUUAAGAAUUAAUUCGAAAUCCAUCGUAAUGUACCGUACAUUAUUUUCGUCUUAUCCUUAAUGUCAAUAGAUCUCUAUGAGUAUCCUAUGUGUGAGUGAGUGCAGAUAAACGCGCUGCGAUGCGGAUAACGUCGUAUCCCGUUUAUCGUACGCCGGUCUUAAUGUAAAUCUGGUAUCGUUACAUCGUACAGUUAAUGAUCUUAAUAAUGACGAACAGUAAAGACGACGCAAUA